UCGGCUGCACGUGAGUUCGAAGCACCCGGUUAGUGUUUCCGCCUAGUUUCCUGUGAGAGCGGAGUAACGUCGCUCUGUCCCUCGGCGUAUCUAUGGUGAAGCCCUUCUACGCUUUCUUAAAGAGCGGGAAAGCGAGUUCCGAUACUGGGCCGGAAGUGCCGAAAUCAUUGCGGCGGACUUUGGAAGCAAGAUGCCGUUGCUCCGCUUGUUGUGCCGGAGAGGAAGUGGCGGUGCGGGGGCCGGUUGCUCGUGACUGGGCCUAUUAGGCUGAGGCCUUCGCUAGGCCCGGCGGAGCGUCCCGAGGAGUCUGCGGGCGGAGCCUCCCUUCGCGGGUGCUUAUAAGACUAGAGAACACUAUGGUCUGUGCUGCUGUUUUUGCUAUUCCUGCAUUGCUAAGAAGUACUGCUGGAGUUCUUCCCAUUUGUUCUUCUGUCUUACAUCUGAAACAUGCGGCGCUAUGUUAUUGCACAGUAAAUGGCAACAUGAAGUCAAAAAGAAAGCCAGAUCAUCUGGAGAGAACAGCACAUGACUUUCGGCAGGAGAUCAUUUCCAAAGCAAAAGUGUGUGGAAUCACCAGCGAAUCUGAAACAGUUAAACGGCUUCGCCUGGCAGUCACAGAUAAAGAAUUUACUUUUAAAGCAGGACAAUGGGUAGACUUCUUUAUACCUGGAGUUGCUGUAGUUGGCGGAUUCUCAAUAUGUUCAAGUCCUGGUCUGCUGCAACAAGAGGGAGUUUUGGAACUAGCAGUAAAGCGAACUACACACCCUCCAGCUCAUUGGAUUCACACUCAGUGUACACUUGGCUCAGAGGUGGCCUUGCGAGUGGGAGGCAACUUCUUCUUUGAUCCUCAACCUGCUGACGCCCCUGCAAACCUCGUGCUGGUAGCCGGCGGAGUUGGAAUUAACCCCUUGUUUUCUAUACUGCUCCAUGUCGCAGACCUUCAAAGAACUCGAGAGAACAAAGGAUCUGGCUACAAAAUGGGAACGGCAAAUCUGUUCUAUUGUGCAAAAAACACUCAUGAGUUGCUCUUUAGGAAACAUAUCCUUGGUUUGACGAACACAUUUCCUGGAAGAAUCACAUGCAGUUUCCAUGUUACUGAGCAGAGUUCACCAAUCUGUGAAAAUCUCCAGCCUUACAUCAAGGAAGGAAGAAUAUCUGCAGAUGAUCUAGAAAAACAUAUCUCCACGGAUACUUUGUGGUAUAUCUGUGGUCCACCUGCAAUGAUUGAAUCAAUCUCCAAAGUGCUAGCAAACCUUGGUGUGACUCAAGAUAAAAUUUUCUUUGAAAAGUGGUGGUAGCACACAGCAGUUCUUCAGCAGAAAUUAAAAAGAAAGAAAAUGAAAUGCAUGCGCGCGCGCACACACACACACACACUAUAAUAUAUACACCCUGAUGAAUGCUGAGAGUUUGCACAAAGUGUCCUUUCCCCUUUGCCCCAAUGAGAUCUUUAUCUAUGAAAUUAUGUUAACUUAUUAUAAACCUUUAUAAAAUGUACUGUGUUUAUUUUUGUAUCAUGACAAACUGGUGUGUGUGUGAGAGAACUGUAACCUCUAAAAGUAAAUAAUAUAUUUCCUUACACAUUUUCUGAACUUUUUAUUAUAACUAUAAUGUUUGGGGCAAGAUGGGACAGACGUGGGCUGAAGGCCAAGGGGAGACUCAGGCAUAUCGAGAGAGAACUGCACACAGGGGUAAGAUCUACCUUUGAUGGAGGGCUUUUUCUUUUGUUGUUUUCUUUUUUUUAAUGUUUACUUAGUUUUUUUUAAUUGUAUCAUAUGCUGAAAAGUUUCAAUAACAUUUUUUUAAACUACAAACACUGAAGUUCUGCUGUUUGUUUCCUCUCUUGAUUGCUGAAGAGAGAAGCCCACUGCUUUAAAAAUGGCUUGUCUUCUCAGCAGCAUUGAAAUAAGCAAAACUUUGGCUACACAUUCCAGUUAUUGCAUGCUACUUCUUCGGUGACCUCUUAAAGCCAUGGCCUUAACUCAUGUGAGUUUAUUACAAGCAGUGCAGGGGGUAGCAGUGCAGGGGGUAGCUGCUGUGCAUUUCUGUGUGCCAACAGUGUGCAAAGUACAACUCAUGGAAUUGAGCGUACUCAGAUCCUGGAUUCUCUGCUCAUGAAAUGGCUAUUCUUGUGAAGUCUUCAGGAGUGUACCAUCAUAAUAGAGAAGAGCAUAAGAAAACCGAUUACUUAGAAGGAAAAUCCAUUGAUUUAUGUGGGAUUUGCUUCCAGCUAAGGUGUUCAGAACUAAGUGACUUGGGUAAACAGGUCUGCAUGCUAAGCUACCUAAGACUAUUGUAUCCUUAUGACACUAUAUAAACCAAGAGGAAAGCAGCUAAUUUAAAGGCUGCUGUGUCACUUCAUAUCCAUGGCAAUUAGGGACUAAUUAUGUAAAAUGCCUUGAGGCUACCAAAGGUGUUAAACUGAUACCAUGAUUUGGUGUUCUAAUGCUUAAGCAUAAGCCUAAUUACCUUGAUGUGUUUUCUGUUUCCUCUGUGUAGAAUGCUAUAUGUCAGCAUACUCCCUUUCCAUGAAAUGGAAGGGAACUUCUGUCUGUUCAGCUUUGGUGGAAAGAGGACUUUUUAACAGAGUUGCAAACUCUGUUGGCUUUUGCUGCUUUGACAGACUCCUGUAGCCCAUCGGGCAUUCAGUUGCCCCUUCACGGACACUGUGCCAGGGACUCCCCAGCCAACACGUUAUCAGCAUGAGUUUGAAGUGGCCUACCUUACUCGUGUGUUACACUAAAAGAGCAGCCCUGGUCAUUUGACAAAGGAGGUAGGCUCACUACCUCCAUAUAUUUAGAUUGAAUGCCUGGAGGCUUAUUAAAGAACUCCCUGUCACAAGGUUCCAUAGCCACUAGCCAUGGUUAUUAGUCAUAAUAACCUCCAGAUUUGGAGAGUCAUAUUUCAUUGUAUACCAUUAUAUACCUGCCUCUGGACUUUACAGAGGCUUUUGCUUGGCCAGUGGGGUGAACUGGAUUUGAUGGACCUUUGGUCUAAUUUGUUGGAGGGGUCUUAUUUUUUAUACAUUUGGUUAUAGAAUGUUAGUGGUCUUUCUUGGUGUAGCUACUGUUAGUUCUCGUUAAGUCCUGGAAACUGAUUAUUUAUCCCAUUUAGUUUGAAAAUGUUAGAGAUUCUGUGAGCGCAGACCACUAAACUUAAAUUUGUUUAUAAUGUCAGUUUUAAUAUUUUUAAAAGUCCAUCUGCUAUGUCCUGAUUUUCUUCCUUACGUUACUCCUGUUAAUCACUUACGUUUCUUCAAGUCAUUUGGAAUGACUAAUAUACUUGUUGUAGGUGAAAUGAAUGAGAUGCCAACUGGUCAGAGCAAUUCACACAGUAUGAUUAUCACAGAUAAGCCUUCUAUAAAUGAUGAGUUCAGGAAGGGAGCAGUGAACUUUUGACAUAGAUUGUGGCAGCUAAAUCAUUAAUAAAUCUGACUAUAUCUUGAUGGUAUAAACAUCUCUGGAAUUUAGUUAUUGCAGAAAGAAAAUGACACCUAAGUUAUGGGUCUCUAAGGAACAGGAAGAACCUGAUAAUUUCCAUUCAUUAUGGUGGGUUUUUAUUUCAUAUAGUUUAGUUUCAGGUUUACAGGUAUCUCUGUGCCACCUAAAUAAAUAUGGCUGUCAUGAUUUUAGAUGGUUAUUAUUUAAUAUAUUUAGGUUUUGUAUACCCUGCCUUUAGUUGGCUAUAUUACUGAAUUUUUGUUACUGUUUACCGGUAGUUGCCAAUGUGGUUCCAUAAUAACUAAUUUAAAAACAUACUUUUUUAAAAAAAGGGGGGCAGCAAGCACAAUUGAGAAAUAUUCUGGACAUGUUUUGUGUAACAUGUCCAGCACUGCGAACACAGCCAAGGAAUUGUUUUGUAGCGAUGGAUGUCUGAUCAGAACCUUCUGCCCCAAACGAAAAAGGAAUCUACACAUUAGCUGCAUGCAAGCCUUUUCCGGACGCUUUGCUUAAUAUCAGAGACAUGUCCCAUUCUUUAAUGUUGACCAGUCAGUCUGAUCAACUUGCAGGAACUCAUGGGAAGGAGGCCUUACGGUACAUUGUGCCAAAUUCUUUUGAGUAUUGUGGUUGUUUCAAUUCUCUAGAGUUCACCAGCCAGAAUGGAAACUUAAUGGGGCUGAUGGCAAUUAUUCCAGGCACUUCAAGUUGGGUUAGAUUCUAGUAACAGGCCCUUUGUACACCAAACAGUGCUGAUGACUACUUUAUAGCAUGCAAUUUAAAAACUUUUUAAAAAAAUCAAACUUGAGGGUGUUAAUAUAAAAAAGUCUGCUCAAACUCAAGAACCAGUUUAAAACAUUGGACAAACUCAUGAUCUCCAUGUUCCAGAAGUUCCUACCUCCUUUGGAUCUAAAAAGCAUUUUGCCAUAUGAAAGAUGGAAUUCUGAAAUAAAUUUUCAGCCCCCCCCCUUUUUUUUACUUACACAUUGCACCAUUCCAUAGCUGCUGGCAGACUUAAAUGGCAGUACUUGCUCUCCACUGUUAGGCUGUGGAAAGAGAAUUUAUUCUGAUAGCAUUAGCUCUCCUUGAUUUCCAAUGAGCCAGUGUGACAUGUCAGUACCCCUAUUUGAAAAGGGGGGAGAGGAGGAAAUUGCUUGGCUCAGUGCAAGAGCAUGCAGGGAGUGGAGCUCUUGUCAACUCGUAUAAAUAUUGAGGGUGCCUUUUUCUUUGAAAUGCCAAUUCCGAUCUUUUUAAAUUCUCUGAGCCGGAGGGAAUUAAUCUUCCUGAGAAAGGAGAUUAUCUAUGACAGUAGCAGUGUCAAGCCUAAAGUGGAACUAUAAACCAAUGUUCUGUAGCCACCUCUUAAUACAACUCCUUUACCUGUGAUUUUAAACAGUUGAAAGAAAGGUGGAACAUGAUGGCUGACCCAUUUGGGCUACAGUAGAGCAAUGAUGAAGCAGUGGGUUCCUGCACAGCCCAGCUUUCUUCCAAAAUGCCAACAGAUACAUAUCCAAAAGACCCCACGCUUUUUACGGCCAAUUUCUCCCCUCCUCCAUCAUGCCCCUGCUUCUGUCAGUCCUUAUACGGACUGACUACUACAGGAAUAAUGGCUUGUCUCUUUAAUUGAGGAUGUCACACACACCUAGGAGUCUGUAAAAUGUGUCAGCGAGAUGACACUAGGAACAGGCGCAGGGUUCAAGGACUCUUAAUUAUGGAAAUGGUGUCUUCUCUUGCGAAUUUCAAGCCUGCUAUCGUAAGUACUGUACAGUACUGUAUAAACUUUAACAACACAAGUAUUUCAAAUAAGGUGUUAACAACCCUAUUUCAUCUGGAAUAUUUUCUCCGAAAGAAAAACAAGAUCCCCAUGCAAUUGCAGCACUGACUUGCUUUCUCUGGGCUCCUCACUAACUAGAUAUUUUCCAUUGAUGCUUUACUUAUGAAUCUUUAGGGAUUUCUUCUGCUUCUUAAUGGUCUAAUAGAGUAAGCAUUUUUUAAACAACUGCAGGCUACUAUAAUUCAUUUGAUGUGAAACUUCCUUGAUUGGAGAGGAUGCAAGAUUAUUCAUACAGACUAGUACCGUGACUGCUCAUUUAUCCUACAAGAGAGUCUGAUGCAAGUAAAAGCAUAUCAUGUGUGAGAUAGCAACAGUCACCCUGACUUGACUUGGACUGGGGUUUACCAAACAUAAGCUUCAUCUGUGUAAUAGCAAAAUGCAUUGAUAGUUCAAAAGCAAGAGUAUUUUCCACUUUGAUGGCAAACCAUGACUUGGGAAUGGAGUGAAUGUGCCCUGCUAGUGUGAAGCAGCCUUCAUUGAACCCCCAAAAUGCAUUUUAAGCUCCUGAAAACUAAUGUGGCCUGUUUAGCAUAACAGCUGUUUUAAAGGGCAGCAUCUGAUGGUGCUAUGUGCUUGCACACACUCUCAUUCUGCUUCUCCCUCAAUUCUUAAGACUUCACACUACUUUUGCAGCUGGAGAAUUUGGGCAGACGGUGCACGGCGCCUAUCUGCUAAUAGCAGGCUGAGUGGUGCUUGCAAAAACUCCUUAAUGUUUCUCCCAAGACAUUCCUUAUUUUUACCUUGCAAUGCAGAAGCCAUGUGCAUUUUACAAGUAGGAGCAGAUGGGAGAUAAGGAAUCCAUUGCUCGCUGGUCGAGAACAUGAGUUGCAUUGCGGAGGUUAAAGACUCGGACCUCAGCUAGGAUUAAGAAAAUUAGAAUCUUGCUCCCUGAGCUCUACUCCUUUUGGGUAGAUAAUAGCAUGCCAGUUCUAACUUUAUGACCUUCAAAAUAUAGGAAGUUGCCUUAUAUAAACUUCCUAUAUUCUAAGGGCAGAAAGGAAUGGAGCCUGUACUCAGUAACAUAGCAUAAACGCCAUCAGUAGUGGGACCUUUUCAGCUCUUCCCAUCUUUCCACCUCCUUUCAUGUGCUGCUUUUAGUGCUUCAAUCCUGGUUAGUUUGAACCACCUGUCGUACCUGCAUUGUGGUUUAAUGUCGGCUUGCUAAUCAAGAGCAAAGCAUAGUUUAAGAGCUAGGCUGGUGAACCAUAAUUAAACUACAUAACCCUUUUGGAGAUGCAGUGGGGAACUGUAGUUCAAACAGCCCAGGAUAGAAGCAUCAAAGCCAGGAAAUAGAGGAGCAAUGGGGACUGCACUUGUUCCUGGCCUCAUAAAUAAGGAACUGAACUGGGCUUAAAAAGUCCCACCUAGAUUUCUUUUAUUUCAGGUACUUAAGAACAGCUGCACACAUAGCUUCCAUUUUCUGUACAAUGAGGACUCUGAGAAUUAUAGCAGCGGCUGACCUAAGGCAACAUCCACCAUCAAUGGAGAGAUACAGGUAGCUAAAGCCAAAGAUAAUAUAAUUACUAAGUUGAACCUUUUUCAUUUUCACUAGCAGUAUCUUGGCAACUACAGCUAUAUGAAGUUGAUGUGGAAUUAAGGAAACGUACAUCAGCACCUCACUGUGGACUCUGUACACCACUCUUGAGACACAAUCAGUACAGGCACACUGUCUUAGGCAGGUCUGCAUGGAGCAGGUACCAUUUGUAUGAACUGUUUUCACCCUAUGGGGGCUGGGAGGGCAGCUCCUGCAGUUUGCUUGGUUGUGGUGGGUCAAACACAGAGAGAUGCGAUUGUGAACAUCAUGCUGGCAGCGUAUGCAGCAGUCGCAGAGGCAUACUGAUUCAUACAAACAGCAUCAUUGUGCUAUUGGCUGGAGCAUGAGCUCUCUUAACAGAGCCGCACACUCCCGCAGACAAUUGUGGGAAUC